AUGGAUAACUAUGAAAUAGUUGAUUUCAAAUCUUUGAAUGACACCGUACAAAACUUAGUACGGCAAGCAGUUCAAGUGCGGAAAAAUGCAUACUGUCCGUACUCAAAUUUUGCUGUUGGGGCAGCCAUCCUCACGCAGGAUGACUCAAAAGUAUACACAGGUUGUAACAUUGAAAAUGCGGCGUUAACGCCAUGCAUCUGCGCAGAACGCGCGGCAAUUCCUAAAGCUGUAUGUGACGGAUACUUGAAAUUCAAAAUGAUAGCAAUCGUAGCCCAUCAACAAGAAAGUUUCACAGCCCCAUGUGGUGUGUGUAGACAGACCCUAACUGAGUUCUGUGGCUCUGACGGUGAUAUUGAAAUUUAUUUAAGCAAACCUGCUAUGGAUAAGGUUUUAUGCACAAAGUUAUCGCAGUUAUUACCCCUGGCAUUCAGGAGCUUCAAAGACAGUGUGGCUAAAUGA